UAUUUAGAUCUUUUUCAAGUGCAGCUCAGGAGAUUAGAGUGUGGAUUGUCUGUCCCCUUGCUCGGCUCUGCACCAGUGGGAGUGAAGUUCCAAGGGCUCCAAUGGCAGCAGGGAGGGCAGAGACACGGGGUUAAGAGACACCUGACCCAAGCCAUCCUCCUCUAUGAAGGGCCUUGGUCAGUGGAGGAAGAGCAGCCACCUGGGUUUCCUGUCACCGUGGACUCUGCCGUUAAUCGUGUGCUUUUGGUUGUCCCUCCAGGUCUGGUGAGCUGUACCUUCUUUUUAGCAGUGAAUGGUCUGUAUUCCUCCAGUGAUGAUGUCAUCGAAUUAACUCCAUCCAAUUUCAACCAGGAAGUUAUUCAAAGUGGCAGUUUGUGGCUUGUAGAAUUCUAUGCUCCAUGGUGUGGCCACUGCCAAAGGUUGACACCAGAAUGGAAGAAAGUAGCAACGGCAUUAAAAGAUGUUGUGAAAGUGGGUGCAGUUGAUGCUGAUAAACAUCAGUCCCUCGGAGGGCAGUACGGAGUGCAGGGGUUCCCCACCAUCAAGAUUUUCGGGUCCAACAAAAACAAGCCAGAAGAUUAUCAGGGUGCCAGGACCAGUGAGGCCAUCGUAGAUGCUGCUCUCAGCGCUGUGCGCCAGCUCGUAAAGGACCGCCUUGCGGGGAGGGGUGGCGGCUACAGUUCUGGAAGACAAGGUAGAAGUGAAAGCUCAAGCAAGAAAGAUGUGAUUGAGCUGACCGACGACAGCUUCGAUAAGAACGUCCUCGACAGCGAUGAUGUUUGGAUGGUUGAGUUUUAUGCUCCUUGGUGUGGACACUGCAAAAACCUAGAGCCAGAAUGGGCCGCUGCAGCUACUGAGGUCAAAGAGCAAACGAAAGGAAAAGUGAAGCUGGCAGCUGUGGACGCCACGGCGAACCAGGUUCUCUCCAGCCGAUACGGGAUUAGGGGAUUUCCUACUAUCAAGAUAUUUCAGAAAGGCGAGUCUCCUGUGGACUAUGACGGGGGGCGGACAAGGUCCGACAUCGUUUCCCGGGCCCUCGAUUUGUUUUCUGAUAACGCGCCCCCUCCUGAGCUGCACGAGAUCAUCAGCGAGGACAUCGCCAAGAAGACGUGUGAGGAGCAUCAGCUCUGCGUGGUGGCCGUGCUGCCGCAUAUUCUCGAUACUGGAGCUGCAGGCAGAAAUUCUUAUUUGGAUGUUCUUCUGAAAUUGGCAGACAAAUACAAAAAGAAAAUGUGGGGGUGGCUAUGGACAGAAGCUGGAGCCCAGUCUGAACUUGAGAACGCGCUGGGGAUUGGGGGGUUCGGAUACCCCGCCAUGGCAGCCAUCAACGCACGCAAGAUGAAAUUCGCUCUUCUGAAGGGAUCGUUCAGUGAGCAAGGCAUUAAUGAGUUUCUCAGGGAGCUCUCUUUUGGGCGUGGAUCUACGGCGCCUGUAGGAGGGGGCGCGUUCCCCGCCAUCAGCACCAGAGAGCCUUGGGAUGGCAAGGAUGGCGAGCUUCCCGUGGAAGACGACAUUGACCUCAGUGACGUGGAGCUGGACGACUUAGAGAGAGAUGAGUUGUGAGAGGCUCCGCAUAGGCUUCAGUUUUCCUUUCUUGGGAGCGGAUUUUCCAGCAGUGACGGAACGUUCUUUACAAUCAGAUGAAUCUUCCAGUGGCCUUUUUAAUCGAGAAGUAGCACUUGAUUGGUCAUUUGAAAACACUGCAACAGUGAACUUUUGCAUCUCGAGAAAACAGUGAAAAAUUCUAUGAAUUGUAGCCAGUGAAUUGGGUUGUAUUCUGUCAAGUAACAUUUUGAAAAAACUGAUGGGCUAUUGAAAUACUUUCCUCCCUCUGACUGCUGCUUGAGUGUGCUUGGAGGCUGUUUCUUAUGUAAGUUUUUUAUGUGAUUUCUUUCAUUUGAAUACUAAUGGCUCUUUUCCAUUAAAGAAUAAAUAUUUUGGACAAUGUCAACAAAUGUAUGAAAUUAGUGUCCACAUCGUAAAUUCAGCCUGAUGUUUAGCCAGUAAAUUAAUAUUAUGAAAGGAUGACCCCGAUGUCUUUCCUUUCUAUAAACUUGUGAUUCAGAUGACACCGUCCGGAUGCCUGCCACAACACAGAUUUUACAUGCGUCCUGCAAGGCCAAGUUCUAUCUGUAAAUAUCAAAUGUAAAGCGAGUUUAUAUAGAAGGAUGAAAAAGCAGGGGGUUAUCGAUUGAGAACUGCGUUUUAUGCCCAAUAUUUUUUCUUUGGGCCAUUACCAGUGACUACUAGGGAGUAUAGCUGGUUAUACAGUUAGCUCAAGGUUUUUCAUGUUAUUACUAGUCUUCACAAAAUGUCCAUUAAGACGUGAGAUACAGCAGCAGGUCACCAAUUUACAUGUAGUUCCCAUUUAUGUAAAACAUUCAGGAAAUGAAGUUCUGAAUUAUGUUAGAAUAUACGUGAAGACACGAUUCAAAGGACUUGAGAGCAUUUCUUUAUUGUAACUUACAAAAAAUAAAUACAACUGUAACUAAC